AUGGAGAGCUCGAUCACGGAGAGCACGGCGCUCUGGUACGUCGGCGGCCGCGCCUGCGAGCUGCGCGCGCGGCCGCUGCCGGAGCCCGGCGCCAACCAAGUCUUGGUCGUCGCGACGCACGGCGCCGUGAGCCGCGGGACGGAGACGCUCGUGCUCGAGGGUUUGGUGCCGGCGUCGGAGUCCGAGCGCAUGCGCUGUCCCCACAUGGACGGCGCCUUCUCGUUCCCGGCCAAGUACGGCUACGUGAGCGUGGGCUACGUGGCGCGCUGCGGCGCCGGCGCCGAGGCGCUCCAGGGUCGGCGCGUCUUCUGCCUGCACCCGCACGAGACGGCCUACGUCGUCGACGCGGCCAUGGCGAACCCGAUCCCCGCGGGCACGCCGUCGCCGCGCGCCGUGCUCGCGCCGAAUUUUGAGACGGCGAUCAACGUCGUCUGGGACGCGAAGAUCUCCGUCGGCGACCGCGUCGCCGUCGUCGGCGCGGGCGUCGUCGGAUGCCUCGUCGCGUACGUCGCGUCCAAAAUCCCGGGCUGCGCCGUGGUCCUCGUCGACGUCAACCCUGCCCGCCGGCGCGUCGCCGAGCGGCUCGGCGUCGGCUUCAGGCUCGCGAGCGACCUCGACGCGAGCGACGGCGACCGCGACGUCGUCGUCCACGCGUCGGGCCAUCCGGCGGGCGCGGCGACGGCGCUGGGCCUCGCGGGCGACGAGGCCCUGGUCGUCGAGGCGUCCUGGUACGGCGCGCGGCCCGUGGCGCUGCCCCUCGGCGAGGCCUUCCACGCGCGGCGCCUCACGCUGCGGUCGAGCCAGGUCGGGCAAUUGCCGGCGGACCGGCGGCCGCGCUGGACCUACGCGCGGCGCCUCGCGGUCGCGCUGGAUUUGGCGGCGGACCCGACGCUGGACGUGCUCUUCGAGGACGCGUGGAUCGACUUCGACGAGCUCCACGAGGCGAUCCCAAGGGUGUGCGGCGACGGCGCGUCCGGUUUGUGCCACCGGAUCUUCUAUCCUGCGCGUCCCGUCGACGUCGGCGCCGGCUGGUCGAGCGUCUACAGCCAGGCCAAGGGCGUGCCGUACUACACCAACGAGACCGCGGGCACGACGCGGUGGAAACCGCCGGACCAUCUCCCGGGACCCCCGGCGAACGCGCCUCACUAA